CAAAUGAAGAACGCAUCGUUGACGAGCAUCUUCAUUUGUGAAACUUGAGGUAAAGUUGUGAUCUGAAAACAGAAACGAAAAGUGUUUCCUGAGUAAAUCGUGGUAGGAAGAUCAAAUAAACAAAUCCUACCAUGCCGCGAAUUAUGAUUAAAGGUGGUGUGUGGAGGAACACUGAGGAUGAAAUUUUGAAAGCAGCUGUGAUGAAAUAUGGCAAAAAUCAAUGGUCCCGUAUUGCUUCACUCCUCCAUCGUAAAUCUGCCAAACAAUGCAAAGCCCGUUGGUAUGAAUGGCUUGAUCCAAGUAUCAAGAAAACUGAAUGGAGCCGUGAAGAAGAUGAAAAACUUUUGCACUUGGCAAAACUUAUGCCUACUCAGUGGAGAACAAUUGCUCCAAUUGUUGGCAGGACUGCUGCCCAGUGCCUGGAACGCUAUGAAUACCUUCUUGAUCAAGCUCAAAGAAAAGAAGAAGGGGAAGAGCCUGGUGAUGAUCCACGUAAAUUACGCCCAGGAGAAAUUGAUCCCAAUCCUGAAACCAAGCCAGCCCGUCCAGAUCCCAAAGACAUGGAUGAAGAUGAGUUGGAAAUGCUUUCAGAAGCCAGAGCUAGAUUAGCCAACACUCAAGGUAAGAAAGCUAAACGCAAGGCUAGAGAGAAGCAAUUGGAAGAGGCACGGCGACUCGCAGCUUUACAAAAGAGGCGCGAGUUGCGAGCUGCAGGAAUGGGUGUCCGUCGUGGAGCUCUGUCCCACAACCGUCGCAAGCGUGGUGUUGAUUACAAUGCUGAAAUCCCAUUUGAAAAGCAACCAGCUAUUGGUUUCCACAAUACGGCUGAAGAAGAAUACGAUCCCUUUGCACCCAACUUCCAUAGACUCCGUCAACAACAGCUCGAAGGCGAACUACGCUCAGUAAAGGAAGACAGGGAACGCAAAAAAGACAAGGACAGGCUGAAGCAGCGGAAGGAAAAUGAAGUUCCUUCUGCCCUACUGCAAGGAGACCAACCAGCUGCUAAACGUUCGAAACUUGUCCUACCAGAGCCACAGAUCUCCGACAGAGAUCUUGAACAAGUAGUUAAGCUAGGCAGAGCCUCAGAAGCUGCUCAAGAUGCAGCCCGGGAAACUGGCCAGAGAGUAUCGGACACUCUUUUGGCCGAUUAUUCGCUAACACAGAGUGGGGGCUUGCGAACUCCUCGAACUCCAGCCCCUGCUAUGGACAAGAUUUUGCAAGAAGCGCAAAAUUUGAUGGCGUUAACGCACGUUGAAACUCCGCUUAUGGGUGGUACCAACGCACCAUUGAUAAAUCCUGAUUUUGCUGGGGCCACUCCAAGUAAAGAUGGAGUCGCAACACCAAACACUUUACUUUCAACACCAUUUCGUACUCCCGGCGGUGCAACGGGUUCUGCCACACCAGGCAUGCUAAGCAUCACGUCGGGAGCUACACCUCGUGCGGGAACUCAGUCUCUUCCCGGUGCAACGCCGUUGGUACGAGACAAAUUAAAUAUUAAUCCAGAAGAAACUACUGAGGUUAUGCAACGCACGCUUAAAGAGCAACUCAAACGAGGACUGAGUACCCUGCCUGCUCCCAAAAACGAUUACGAAAUUGUUGUACCAGAAGACGAAAUGGACACUGAACCUGGAUUACCUGGUGACGCAGGAACGACAGGCACUUAUAUAUCUGUUGAAGAUCAGGCAGAUAUUGAUGCUCGUAUUGAAGCUGAACGCAAAAAACAAAGAGAGGCAGAGUUAAAACGCCGAUCCCAGGCGUUGCAAAGAAGUUUGCCCCGUCCUCACGAAGUCAACAAUGCCAUUCUCAGACCAGCCAAUUCAUCUGAUUCGUCCCUCAGUGAUCUUCAGAAAGCUGAGGAGCUUAUCAAGAAAGAAAUGCUUACAAUGAUGCACUAUGAUUCAAUCCGUAAUCCAGUCAAUAACUCCACAGAAAAGGGUGGCGGCCUCUCAAGGAAGAUCAUUGAGACUAGCCAAAACUUUUUGAGCAACAAUUCCUAUCAGGAAUUUGAAGACAAGGAAAUCGAACAGGCAAAGGAGUUGCUGAAAGUGGAAAUGGAAAAAGUGAAGGCGGGUAUGGGACAUGGGGAUUUGACAAUGGAGGCAUAUACACAGGUUUGGGAGGAAUGCCUGUCACAGGUUUUAUUCGUUCCAUCCCAAAAUCGAUACACGAGGGCAUCUUUGGCUUCGAAGAAGGACCGACUGGAAAGUGCUUCACGUCAUUUAGAGACCAACCGAGCUCAUAUGGCCAAAGAGGCCAAAAAAGCUGCCAAAUUAGAAAAGAAGCUGCGAACCUUGACAGCCGGUUACCAGUCCAGAUCACAAGCUCUUCAUAAGCAGACCCAAGAUCUGAUUGAUCAAGUAGAGGCCGCUCGCAUUGAAUUAGACACUUAUUCUUUCUUAAAGAAGCAUGAAGAUGAAGUUUUUUAUCUCUUUGAUCUGCUUCAUCAGAACACCAGCAACAUUUCAAAAUUGGCCAAAGUGGCAGGUUUCCUGAUAAAAGUCAUCAUUGGUCUUAGUGAAAAAGAUACAGCAAUGCUUGAAAAUGAAAGCGUAAACGAAACAGUGCUAGAUCUCGUCUUCCAGCUUCUGCAAUUUACUCCUGAUGCUGUUAAAUAUAAAAUUCCUGUGAGUGACGAUCUUGCUCGUCUUUUGGAACUUCAUGUGUCCAUCGCUAUGCACCCAAUUUUAGAUAAGUUGACGAAAACACGACAGCUUCUUUCUAGCUUACUGAAAGUAUCUUCGAAUUGCCCUCCCGAGAAUCGACUGAACUUGAUCCGGCUACUCGGUUUGCUGCUGACACCUAAUUAUCAGUUGAAUGUAAGAAACUACGGUAUUAGUACAAGUGACUUAUUGGCAAUAUUUCUCUCCUCAGUUAACCAAGGCCAUGUAGAGUUCAACGGGGCUAUUCUUCUUCAUGGUAUAACUCAUAGCGGCAAAGGAAUUCACACCGUGCCUAUCUACGAACUAUUGGUUACACAAGCUGCUGCCGCGAUGGCCAUUACCACACAAGAUUCUGUUACACAGUGCGUUGCAGUUCUUCUUAAGUCUGUUAUCCAAGAUGGAUUUUGGGCUCAUCUCAUGUCUUGUGACAUUCUUACCUUUAUGGCAAGGUAUGGCCCGUCUCAAUUUUGUCUUGAACUAGUUCAGCACUUGUUCCUGCUUAGUCCAUCGACUCCGACCACCUCUUGCCGGCCGAUCUGUCUUCUCAACCGUUUGAUCCCUUUACUUUCGCCUGCUGGUCGGGCGGCCAUACUGAAAUCACAUCCCGUGGAAAAAUACCCUGAUUUGUGGGCUGCCAUAAAUUGGGAUGCGUUCACUGUCGAGCAAAAAGGGGACCUCCGGCAAUGUUUGCCCACUUUCGCAUCUAGUUCCCAGUUAUUCAAAGCUAACGCAGUGAUUCGAUUUGGCUUAAUUUGUACUUCUGGAAACGACUCAGCUCUUCAAGAUCAAAACGAUUUACAAUCGAAUUUGAUCAAAACGGGCACGGCGCUACAUUUUGGAUUGAAAAGUCAAUUGGCUAAGGAUUAUCAACGCCAUGUGGAGCAUCUCUUAGCGUGCGUUUUACGCGUUCUUCUGUUUACAGCUCAGCCAGCUCAAAAAGAAUCACAUCUUUACUUGAUGCAAGUAUUAAAAUUGGCAUUAGAUAGCAAAGCUUUAACGGCUGUUCUGCUUGAUGCCACCAUUUUUCUGACUAAAAUUGGUUCGUCGGGCAUAGCAUGUAAUUUCAAUCAAUUAAAAAUGUCUUUACUUUCAAUUGACAUUGCUAGGCUGAUACAUCAUCACCUUCUGAAAGAGGGAUAUGAAAACUCUGCCAAUAAUCUAAUUAGUGAGUGUCCACACCUGAAAGGAUUAAAGCCUGUUAAACACCCUUACAAGCUUCCAAGGCUUUUAGGACUAUCAUUGGCUGAUUUAUUCGAAAGUUAUUUUGAAACUAAGGAAAACGUAAUUGAGGAAUUGGAGCUUCUGGAAUCGGUCGUCUUUAGAGAACAUGACAGUCUUCCACUGCUUACCAAAACACUAGUGGAAAACCUUAAAUCAACAACACUGUCAAAAUCUGUUCAAAAAGAAAUUUGUAGUAAAGGUGUCAACACAGAAGUUGUAAUCGCAGAUGGCCCUGAGGUCUGUGAUGCAAGUGUCAACACUGACUCUGUUCUUGUUCCAGAAAAUUGUGAUGCAAGUGUCAACACUGAUACUGUUCUUGUUCCAGAAAAUUGUGAUGCAAGUGUCAACACUGAUACUGUUCUUGUUCCAGAAAAUUGUGAUGCAAGUGUCAACACUGAUUCUGUUCUUGUUCCAGGAAAUUGUGAUGCAAGUGUCAACACUGAAGUUCCUUGCUGCCCACAAACAUGUGACUCAUGUAUUAACACAGACCUUUUCCUUGGUCUGCAUGAAACAUGUGAUGCGAGUGUUAACACUGAAACUUGUUUUAAUGCUGAAGAGACAAGCCAAUCAAAUGCUCUGUUUGCAGAAAAACCUAACAUUCUUGAAAAAACAAGUGAAAAUAGUGUCUGCAAUGAAGUCAUCAUUCAUAGUCAGGAAAAGAAAUCGUUAAACCAUGUCACACCUGCAAAAUCUCCAACAGUGUUGGAAAGAACCAAAGGGCAAGAUGAUAAUGGUGAGGCAAAUAUGAACCCUAAUUGGACCCAACACCAUAAUAUUGACCAAGAAAAUAGUCAUGUACUGCAUUGCUCAGAGCAACUUGUUGCAACAGAAACGGUGGAUUUUUCCCUAGUGUAUGACAGAUUACUAGAAAAUAGAGAGUUUCAAGAAAAAAUAGCUGAAAACAUUAAUAAAAAGAAAGCUCAAGCUGUUUUACCAUACACUGAUAAUUCAAAAUGUGGAAGCUUGGCAUCAUCACAAGAUCUGGAUACUGUUAUCAAAGCUAUUGUUGCAGAAACUCAAGCAGAUCCUGCUUUUGACAAUUUUCUAAAAGACUGCAUAGGCAUUGACAGUGAAGAUCAAACAUCAGUUGGCACCCCAGACAGUAUUGCGCCAAAUGAUGGUGAACCCAAUGCUACACCUAAUAAUUCAGAUAAUCAAGAAAAUUGCUUGGUUUUAAAUGAUGUAGGAGAACCCAUGUUGGUGGAGCAACCAACAAUAACACCAUCUUUUUUUACUGUACAAAGUUCUGACAUAACUGGCAGCUCUUCUUUGAUGAACACACUGAAUAGUGUUGCGAUUGUGACAUCCUCUGGUCAAAUAACUUUGGUUCCAACUAUCAUUUCGGCUAUGUCUGGUGAACUAGGCUCUUCUGAAAUUGUAUCUUCAACAGUAACCAAAAGAGUAAAGAAGAAACAAAUCAUGGUGCCUAGAAGAGCACCCGUUCGGAUUGCUCCGAAGCCCAUGUUUACCCUCACUUUCCCGGCACCGGAUGAUGACUACAAUCACGUUCCAAUUACAGCAUGUGAAGCCGAAUCAGGUGUUCAAGAACAGAAUAUAGUGGAAAACCAAGUAAACCAGCAACAAUCUGUCGAUUAUGAUCGGUUAACACGCGAAAACCCUGGUGACUGUAGUCCAGGCCCUUCUAAGAUCAAACCUAUCAUGAAGAUAAAAAAUCGUCCUCUAGCGAAAAGUAGACGUAAAAAAAAUUCGAAAAUUCGUGAUCCAAUGUUUCAACGUCCCACGAACCCUCCAGCUGCAGAAAAAAAUGUUACUUCUAAUUUAGCUGCGCUUUUGAAAAUCGCAGAGGAGUAUCGCUCCAGUACUAUGGAUGUUCCAAAUCAACAAAUUGUCAGUCAAACGGAGCCGUCGGAAUCUCCCGAUGUCGUCUUUAGUACACCCGUUCCGGAUUCUUCUGGAUUCGUAACUACUCCUACCAGCACUCGGCGCCGAAGCCAUGUUCGACAGCUUAAUUUUGGCGAAUCGCCUGAAUUACCCAGUAAGCCAGCUGCAAACAGCCCGGCAUCUCAUCCGAAACGAUCCGAAAUACCUUGGGAUCUUGCUUUGAGAAAUGCUUUUGCAGCUCCGCCUCCAACGGACAGCGAAAUUUUUGCAACACCAAAAGGAAAGGCCAAACGCAAAAGAAAAAGCUCACCAAUGCCUGAAACAAGCCAUGUAGUAGCUAUACCAGACACCUCCUCCAAUGAAGUAGCUGUCAAUACUUCACCAUCCAAAUGCUCACAUCCGCCCGCUCAAGCGUCCGCCUUCAAUUUGGCGGCUACAGAAGAAACAGUCGCCCCUGCCGUUGUGAUGGAAGAAAGAUCGCAACCUUGUGGCACUUCGGAUUCCAACUAUGCCGAUUUAGUUGCUGCUUCAAUUUUACAUGAGAUGGCUAACACUCCCUUAACAGAAGUGAACCGGGACGAAACUUCAAAAGAAACAGGAACCGACGGAUCAGUUACACAAUGUGCAGUUUCGGGUGCUAAUUUACCCCAAUUUGGAAUGGAUGUGGUUAGCCGUGAAGAACAUGUAAUGCAGCAUUUUACUCUCCCUGUUCUUGCUACCCCUCGUAAAGAGGUAACGGAUAGCUUAUUAGGAAGUUACCCACCUCAAACCGUGCCUUCUAGCGUGCUCUGCGACGGUCAAAGCAAUAGCGUCAGCUUUGGUGCAUGGGACGGAGAAAUCCCACGGACACCACAGAUCCGUAUGGAUCUUACCAGUUCUACUAGUCCCUUCCAAGUUUCUCUUACCAAAGGUUUCCGUUUCUUACCUGCGGCGGAUUCUCCCAGUUUGGCUGUUCCUUCCACUCCUUGCAUUUUAGAAGCAGGAAAUUCUAACACUUCCAUCGAGACACCAUACGUCGGGUUUUAUCAAUUCCCGUCAGUGCUGAGCACUCCGAGAUUGGAAGCUCUCCGACAGGAAAUCAUGGAGAGCCCAGGUAAAAGCUUGAGCAUGACCGUGAUCAGUCCUACCCAGGUGGUCCUCGGGCGUCCAACCCCAUAUUUCGUUCCAAGUGGUGAGCGGGCGCAAGGCCCUAUCAUGAACCAAAAUGCCACUCCAGAGCAUGUUCCCGAACCAGACAAGCUGGACAGAAGACGGCGAAGUUCCAUGGAAAUGGAUCCAUUGCAGUUGGAAGAGUCCAACGAUGCAAGCGAUGCGGCAGCUGCAUUAAUGUGCAAAGCCGCGGAAAACGUUGCUGCUGCCCUUCACCCGCCUACUCCAUAUAAAACAGAUCAAACUCUAGAAAACGACCUUAUCAACGAAUGCCAGCGUUUGGAAGAUGUUCCGUCACCAGAAAAAGUUAAACAACGUAAUCAACGAUUAAUAGAAUUGUUUGGGGAGGAUUCCACGAAUCUUAACGAAGGCACGAAUGCUAUUCCAUCUGCUCCUGAGACUGUAAUGGAGGAUGCACUAGCUCAAAGUACUCCAAUAACUACGAAACAAAAAACCGGAAAAGCUAGAAGAACUGCACCCAAGAAAUCUGUCCCCAUAGAUGAGUCCAUUAAUUCGGGGUGUGCUAGAGUGCAGAUUUAUGCUGGAAAUCCCCAAGCCAAUCGCCGGAAGUCUAAGCGUCAUGCAAAAGGAUCCAAGCCGUCCACAUCACUAGAAGAUGAAGCUAUAAUUCAAGAACUUUUGGCUAUGUCCAGAUUAAACAACUCGUAUGAUGGUGGGAAGCAGUCUCCUUUAAGCAAAAAGAAACGGAGCUCCCAUUCGCUUCAUCGUGAACAAAGCAGUUCACCUGGCGAAAUAGUUACAGAGAAAAAAUCGACGCGAAAGCAAAACAAUCUGUCUAGUUUCAAUGACGCUAUUACCAUUGAGGCUUCGACUUCCACGAGUGAACUUGUGUCCGUAUCUAGUGCAUCGUCACCGAAUUCUUCUAGAGAAGACGUGGACGUCGUCGAGUUGGUAGAGAUGGUGGAAUCGCCCUUGAAUAGUCCUAGGAAGAAAGAUAAAUCCAAGAAGAAAAUUACGGGCAGAGAAAAAUCCGCUACUAGGCCAACACGGAAAGCAUGUAGCUCUAGUUCAUUUGGCAUGGCGACCCGAAGGACUCCGGUGAAACUGUUCAAAUCCGCACCGCCACCAUACGCUCGUAAAGCGAUUAGCUACCGUCAAUCGGCCACUAACAAGAAAACACCGACAAAAGUAUCUUCUGGGGAAUCUGCUGCCGCCACCAAUGUCUCCCACGACGACACAUGUUUGGAAAAAUAUCCAAUCGGAGCAGUAAAUAUACCUGUCACAGACUCCUUGGCAAAGCAUACUCAACCUACAGAAGAUUUUGGUAGGACAGUUGAAAGUAAUGAUCCGAUCAUGGACAAGUCUGCAGCAUCUCCGAUUACGGAGGUUGCUGAAAACACCGAUGAUCGAUUGAGUCUGAUGCACCAAGCUGUAGUACUAGUUGCAACAGAAGAUUCAGUUAAAGAAACAACAACAUUAACAGAAAUCACAAGCGAAUCUGCAGAAACCUCUCCAUCCAUCUCUGUUGAGGGUUUGUCGAUAGAAUCAGAAAGUGAAACAAUAAAAACACCAAAUGGAAUAAGUGCGGCUGAAACACGAGAAGUUAACGCGGAUGCCCUUGUUAGUUCUGAACAAAAUCCCAUAGCUGUGCCUAUACUGGAACCUCCUGCGUCUCCUGACAGUACCCUGGUGUCCAGUAACAACUCAGAAAAGGCAGAAAACUUGAUUAGGCUUCCAUCAGUAGCCAUAUCCGACGUGAUUGGCGAAAAACACUGCCAGGCAGAAUCAACGUUCACAACUCUUAUCGAAACCCAAGGUGCUCAUACCGUAAAUUUUGUGUUACCUCACGAAAACGUGGUAGUGGAAACGAACCUGGAAGAAAGCAGCCUAAUUUCACAUUCAAUAAGGGACUCAAGAUGUGAAGAAACACUUCACCCGGCAGAAGCAUUAGCAAAGGUUCCUGACAAUGUCCCUCAGCUCAACUUCAUUGAAUUUACACUGCCUCAAAAAGACCUCAUGGUGAAGGCAAACCAAGAAGUAUCAUCUCCUAAAGUUAUUGCAGCCAAAGAAAAAACUAACCGAUCUAAUUCAAAGCUACAAAAUUACCUGCGAUUAAGUAGCUUUAACAGCACACCUGACUGUUCAUCCAAGAGAAAGUCAUCAGUGGUUGAUGCUACUAUUUUAUUGCCAAAAUCCAGUAGUCCUGCUCACCCCAUACCACCUGCUAUUGGAGUUUGUGGCCAAUUACCUCUUCAAGAAACAGCUGUAUUCAUGCACAAAGACCUUGUAAACAAAAUCAGAAAGCAGAUAAGGCUGAGUAAAGAAGUUGAUCUCUACUCACAAUGAGUAAUCUAGCAUUUUUAAAACUAAACGUUUAAAUUCUCGUAUAUAGCUUAUUGGCAACGUAAUUGAAUUAUUUAAUGCCGAAUGUCUCGUAGUCUCGCAUUGCCUUU